UUUGAUAAGGAAUUCAAACAAAAUGUACUGUAUAUAAUGAAACUGAGUACACUCUGACUACAAAUCCUGCCGAUUUAAUACAGUUGUAAAGAAUGCGCUGCCACUAUUCAUCAGGCUUCUUCUCGUGUCCUUUGGCAAAGUUUAAUCUGGCAGUUCUGAGCUGUUUUUUGUUUUUUAUUGGAUUCGGCCCUUAGAGGUUGACUUCAUGCAGUGUCCUUCACACUGUCUGAUCACUCACUGAAACACCAAUUUCCACAGAUUAUCCUUGUGCCAAGUCAGAGGCUCUUACCCAUCUGUUUUUCAAUACAAGGUUGUGUAAACAGUGAAUUGUGCCUGGCCUCGUGUUUUGAGGUCAGUGCACCUUCUGUCAUUGGUAGUACGGCUCUUCCUAAACCUCCUAACCACUGCUGCAGCUGUACCCUCUUGUGUCCUCUCUCAUCUUUAUAAAGUUUCAUCAUCUGGUUUCCCGCUUGUCCGGUUAAUUCCUCGCCGUGUGGCGAGCCAUGUUGCAUUAAACACAGCUCAGGCCAAGAGCUGAGGAGCCUGUGAUGUUCACAUGUUAUUUUAUAAUCUCGUUCCCAGUUAACCUUAAUUGGAAAUCCUGUAAUCUCUUUGUUGCAGUGGUCACAGGUGCAGAGGGGGCCCUCAGGUGUAGACUCAGUGUUUCAGUACAUCAGACCUGUGUGUUUUCAGUUAUACAUACAAACUAAUACCCUCCACUUCAGCUUAAAAUGAAUACAAUAAUUGUACGACGGAUAACAUUUUAGUGAUAGUGUAUCUCCUCCCAGCACUGUUUCCUGUCCUGUCUGUAUUUACGAUCCGAGCUUGCGCACUGAGCGUCUCCAUUGUCUGGCCAGAAGCAGCAGCACCACCACCACCACCACCAGCAGCAGCGGCGGCGGCGGAGCGGAGAGGAGCGGAGCGCCGAUCUGAGCGCAGGGGAGCGGCAUCACUGUGACCCCAAUCUCCGGGAAAAAAAAACCGACAGCUGGUCGGAGACCACCAGAGCGGACAUACAGCGCGGACGGCGACGCCAUUAUUUUUAUUUUUUUUACAUCUCCUGUCAAAGACAGACCGUCGUUUCUUUUGGCGGUCAGACAGACAGCAACAGUUGUCACGAUGUCUGAGAUCAGAUGAGGCCAGAGCGGCGGAGCGAACAUUGCGGCGCUGUUGUGAUCCGGACCGGGUGGGUUAAACGCGUUUGCUGCCGCGUCCCGCCUGCAAUGAUACAGCCGUCUUAAUGACCUGGGACGGCGCAGGGAGCGUGGUGUAGCCUACAGCUGUUUGUCAUUCUGGGCUUUCUCCGUCGUUCUGCUCGUCAGCCAUCCCCCGGUUGUGUCGAGGUUUUGUCUGCGGGUGAGGUGAAUCCAGACGUCAGGGGUGGCUCAUGUUCCGCUCAGCAGGGAAACGGGCUGUUGCGUCUGCAGAGAGUCAGAGCUGACGAGCCUGCUGAGACACGCGGACAGACAGGCAGGCAGGAAGGCCGAGAGACAGACAGGAGCGAGGGGAGGGGGCGACAGCCUGUUUCGGCUCUCUCGACCCUUUGCGGAUCGAGCCGAGCCCCCUCCUGUUUCCACCCAGAACCCCCACCCAUUUGUCUCCCGCUUUGGAUGGGGGGAAAGCAGAGCACGGCGGGGCGGCCCCGGGGUGCUUUUCCCGGUGUCUCUACGGAUGACAGCGCGGUGCCACCCUCGGCCCACUUCGGUCACUACCGGCCGAGCGGCACCAUGGGCCUUCGGAGCCGCUCAGUGAGCUCCGUUGCCGGGAUGGGCAUCGAGCACAGUCCCGCCGUGCCCUUCGGCUUCUACACCCCCAGAGGGACGGACUCGGAUCGAGCUGGAGGGGGGUCAGGGGGCACUACAGCCGCCCCCCACGGUACCGGUUACCAGGACACUGGGGGCGGAGGGCACCACACGGACGGGGUGCUCUAUCUGGGGUCCCGGGGGUCGCUGGCUGACACCUUGCCCCUGCACAUCGCACCCCGCUGGUUCAGCGCGCACAGCGGAUUCAAGUGUCCUGUCUGCUCCAAGUCAGUGGCGUCCAAUGAGAUGGAGGUUCACUUCAUCAUGUGUCUAAGCAAGCCUCGCCUCUCCUAUAAUGAUGAUGUGUUGGCGAGGGAUGCUGGUGAGUGUGUGAUCUGUCUAGAGGAACUGCAGCAAGGGGACACCAUAGCCAGACUGCCGUGCCUCUGCAUCUACCACAAAAGCUGUAUAGACUCAUGGUUUGAGAUCAAUCGGUCCUGCCCUGAACACCCAUCUGACUGACUUACCACCAGGCCCACUAUGAAUACUGUUCAAGAACAUCUCGUGGUUCCUGCCAUGGAUAUCUGGACACAGACGCAACCAAAUCCCAUGCAACAAUCAAAGCGAUCAACACAUGCUCAUCCUGACAGAAUCCAUCAUCCUAACCAAGAUAAUUAUUCCUCAUGAACUGAACCAAAAAAAGAAACGUGACUGUCAAACCAUUGUACAUUAAAGGGCCCCUCCCGAGCCCACCAUUUUACAUCUGCUGAAAAGACUGCUUAUGAACUCCCCCCUUCCUUCCUUCCCCUCCCCUGUUCAGGCUAACAGAGUCCCUUAAAGGGCUUCAUCAGGCCUCAACUCCCCUUCCAACUCAGCUGUGGCCAGUUGCCUCUCUGAGGUGCUCAGGUCCUUACAGGUCUCCAGCAGCUGGCCUUCCAUCUUGUAUCUGGAUCCAAGCCUGUCAGUCGUUAGUGUCCAACCCUCCCAUGGCCUUAACUGAGGAGAGGAGAGGAAACAGAGCAGGGAAGGGGCAGGAGGGAAGAGGAUGGAAAGGAAGAAAAAUAAGAAGAUGAGAAUGAGUAGGAGGAAGACAUCGACAAACGGAGGAUUGCUGAGUUGCAGAAGCUUGCUAUGAGAAACAGUCUUGUACAAUAUUCGGUGGGCCUCUCAUUUCACGACAGGACCCCAACUCGGUGACAUCCUUUCAUAAAAGACUCGGUCCUGGUGUGCUUCUUUCUCAUAGUUCCUGCCUCAGUUCUGUGUCCUUCCUCGGCAAUUUGACACAUAAAAAAUAACAUCAAAAAGUUAGAUCUGGUUUUUGCACACCUGGGCAGGCAGGGAGGGUUAGCGUAAAAAAAAAAAAAAAAAAAAAAAUUACAACUUGGAUGUCAGCUUGUCUUGUAUGUACAAAAUAGAGGGGGGAAUCUAAAGAUGGACUGGGGAUGGAGAGGAGUACUCUGACUGGGAGGGACGAAGGGGCCAGAAAUGUUGUUUACGCUCCUACUGUGUAACAUGUGCAUUUGGGAUGUUCUGGUGUCAGGCUUCAUCCCGUAUGUGUAUGUACACUACGUGUGUGUGUUCGAGAGAGCUUGGAACGGUGACAAAAUAGCUUUUGCUGAAGCCUAGUGACUGUGUGAGUGUGUGAGUGUGUGUGUGUGCGGGUGUGUGUGUGUGUGUGCGGUUGAGAGAGCAUGAAAGGUCAGUGUAGAGGGCCGACUGGGACAGUGCUGUGUGUGUCUAUGUAUUGAAAUGUUUACAGUCUAGAUGUCCAUGUUCCCUGUGUGUGCGACUGGCAGUCCUCCCUUUACUUUGCUGAUGUUUACAGCUACAGAGAAGCGACAUGACAUAUUGUAAAUUUUACAUGUAACCUCUCUCUGUUCUUUCUUUUUAGAUCUGCCAGAUUUUUCAUGUGAUCAUGAUUAGUCAUUUUCUAGUGAGAGCCUUGAGUGUGAGGGUGUGUGUGUGUGUGCGCGUGUGUGUGUGUGUGUGUGUGUCCCUGUGCAUAUGACUGUUUGUGCAUGUGUGAGAUUCAUGCUACUGUCGGUUCCCCACAUCGUGUUUCUGCUAGAGUAGGUCUGGUUAACUGCGACUGGAGACGUGAGCCACUCAGACCUGAAAAAGGACUCUGUAGUCCCACUGUGGAUCCACUGAACGGGGCUUAUUUACUCAUUUGUUCAUAUUUAACAAUAUUUGUUUAAUAUUCCAGUCAUGUGGGGUGUUACUCACUCUUCAGAAUGCCAGAGCUGAUUUAUGAAGACUACUACAAACCAAAUCAUACAAACAAACUGCAUUUACAAAAAGCUACUGUAAACAAAUGGUGGAAUAAAUUGUGCUAG